UAUUGUGUGCUUUUGAUUGUUUCAAUUCAUUUUAUAUAGUUUCUCAAUAUGCGAAAAUUUAUUCUUAUUAGAACUUAUAAUGAUGAAGAUGAAUCGGUUUGCAUAGAAUUACUUAAAGCUAGUGUAAUGUAUACGCUAAAUUAUACAUUUAUUAGAAUUUUAUUAGGAAUAAAUAUUAUGCGUGUAGUAUAUCUUGCAACUAUAGUGUUAAUGUUAAUACUCAUGCGUACAGGAUUACCUUUGGUUUAUUCUAGUAUGGUUAUAUUUAUACCAAUAAUUAUAUUAUAUAUUUCAUUAUAUGCAAAGUUUUUGUAUGAUGCUAGACUUGUUGGAUAUGAAGUAUAUGAGAUUCCACGGAUUUUCACGACCGAUGGUUCAUCAUGUUUUUGGGUAGCGGAAGCAUAUGAAGAUCUUUCAUUAAUUGAUCAGGAACAACAACAACAAUAUAUAUUCAUGACAGAGGAAAACUUGAAUGAAUGUACUUUUGAUGUAUCUGAACUUAAUAAAAAAAUUGUAGGUAUUAUGUCAGUAUGUAAAAGCAAUUGCGAACCAAGAGGUGCUUUGAUAAAAAGAUUAUAUGUGCAGACAAAGUAUAGAAGGAAAGGUAUCGGAAGUCAAUUUAUGAAUACAGCUAUGUAUUUUGCUGAAGAACAUGGAUUUGAAUGUGUUAAAGCGAUUAUUAAUGAAUUUCAAAAAGUUCUUAUAGAUUUUUAUGACGCUAAAGAUUUCGAUUUAAGAAUUGUAUUUCGUCAAUCACUUUUAUUAUCAAUUAUGACGUACAAAUAUAUAUAUAAGACAAGGCAUUUCAUUUCAAAUAAUUAGAAAUU